AUGGUGAAUAUUCGGUUGGCAAUGGUUUAUGGCAGCAAUUCUAAAAGAGACUUUAAUGUUGUCAAAUUUGGUUAUGAAAGAAGUCCGGAAGCUGAUACUUCACAGGCAAUGAUUGAUUUUAAUGAUUGCAUUAGAGAUAUUGGUUGUAUUGAACCAACCAAUGUUGGUAAUGCAUUUACUUGGUCGUCUAUGCGAGGGAAUGAGGAUAUGAGGAAAAGUAGAAUUGAUAGAGGAUUAAUUAACGAGGAUUGGACGUUGAGGUUUCCUAAGAGUAGAAUUCAAGUUCUUAAUCCAGGGAUUUCAGAUCAUUGUCCUAUCAUGCUGUUUUGGGAUAAGGAGGAGAGAAUUAAGAGGUCGUUUAAGUUCUUCAAUUUUUGGAUGGUGAGUGAUAAAUUCAAGAUUAUUCUGAAAGAGGUGUGGUCUAAACAAGUGAGUGAAUCAAAAAUGUUUCAAAAAAGAAUGCUUGGUGACGAAGUUUCUCAAAGUCUGGUUCAAGAGGAAAAGGAAGCGAUAACUAAAUUCCGUGCUCUUAGUUCUCUUGAAGAGAGCCAUAUAAAACAAAAAAAGUGCUCUACAAGAAACUUGAGAAAUCGGGUUAAUAGAAUCAAGACAAGUGAUGGGGUAAUUGUUCAAGGGCAGCAACUAGUUCAUGAUGAAGCCAUCCAGUUUUAUAGAGAUCUUAUUGGAACUAGAAAGGAAAGCACAAGUCAUAUCCACUUUCUUCAUCAGAUUUUAACUAAGAAAGUCACCAUGGAGGAAAGUUGUCGGAUAAUUGAAGUAGUCAGGUUUCCGAUUAUUGUUAUUGAUUGGAUUUGGCAGUGUAUCUCAACUCCUCAUUUCAUUAUAAGUGUUAACGGAGUUCAUGAUGGGUAUUUCAAUGGUGAAAACGGAGUAAGACAAAGAGAUCCCCUCUCUUCUUACCUUUUUGCUCUCAUCAUGGGGAUCUUUGAGAGCGUCUUAAAAAUGCUCCGAAAGAAUCUUCCGUACAUCAACCAUUCACAAUGCAGGGAGGAAGAUAUUACACACAUUUGCUUUGCAGACGACCUCUUUAUUAUGGCACAUGCUGAUGUUGACUCUAUUAAAACUAUUAAGGAAGCAUUAACAAUCUUUUCUAGUGUUACAUGUUUGGUUAUUAAUGAAGGAAAAAGUUUGGUUUUCUACGGUGGUGUGAAGGAAGAAACAAAAGCUAGUAUUUUUGACAUUAUGGGGAUUCAAGAGGGCACUUUACCGGUUCGUUAUUUGGGGAUACCAUUAUCGACUAAGCAACUUCAUAUUUCACAUUGUAGGUCGCUUAUCGAAAAAGUCAAGAAUUCAAUGAAUGGUUGGGCAACAAAAAGACUCUCAUACGCGGGUCGGACUGAGCUAGUUACGAAAGUCAUUAUGAGAAUCAUAGGGUAUUGGGCACAACAAAUCAUUCUCCCGAAGAAGGUAAUGAAGGCUCUUGAUUGUCUUAUGAGAAACUUUAUUUGGGGGAAUCAAGGAAGAGCCGGAAAGAAAGUGAAGUGGGAUGAUGUGUGGAAGUCGAAAGAAGAAGGAUGGAUAGGGAUGAAAAAUUGCAUUGAAUGGAACAAGGCUCUUACGAUAAGGCAUUUUUGGGCGUUAAAAAAGAAACAAGACUCGUUGUGGGUCAGGUGGGUGCAUUCAAGGUUUAUGAAGAAUGAAAAAAGUAUAUGGACUUCAAAGAUUAAACUGGAAAUGACAUGGUCACUAAAGAAGAUUCUCAAGUUUAAAGACAUCGCUAUAUCUUUAUUUGAUAUCCGAUUAGGAAAUGGUCGGGGAACCUUGUUUUGGUAUGACCCAUGGUUUGAAAAUCUGCCUAUCAUUCUUGAGACAGAAUUUUGUGGGAUGCGUAUUCGAAGGGACUAUCUUAAUUCAUCGGUUCGUGACAUUUGGGAUGAAGAUUAUAAUACUCUUUUGAGGUGUAUUCCAGAAGGUGUUAGGAUUCUUAGCUUCAUGCAAACAAUACACUUUAGUGACAAUAUCGACUCGCGGCUUUGGAAGGUGGAAAGAGACGGAAAGUUCAAUUCUAAUCUAGCUUGGGAGUCUAUUCGUGAGAGGGGAAACGUUGUGGGUUGGACUCAUGCUGUUUGGUCCUCUAAAAUCAUUCUGAGACAACAAUUUGUGUUAUGGUUGUUGUUUAGGAAGAGACUUUCAACUAGGGAUCGACUUAAGCGGUUUAUGAAUAUCCCGGAUUCUAAAUGCUUAUUUUGUGAUGACAAUGAAGAGACGAUUGAUCGUUUAUUUGGUGGCUGCCUGUUUACACUCGAGUUAUGGAGACGAUUUACAAAAGCUAUGGAGUUAGUUUUUUCCCCUCAGAUUGGAUUGAUAUCAAGGAGAUGGUCAUCUUGA